AGCCUGUGAGCCAGUGUGCGUUGAUCCUAAUUAUAACCUAAUGAUAACACUUUAUAACACUUUGUAUUUCACCUUGUUAUUAUUUUAAGAUUUUACUUGGGUUUUUUUCCCAUUUUUCAGUUGAAUUGGGGCAAAAAUGCGUGUGAGUGGCCCGGUUCCUGCCCUCGCACAGCGGAGCGGUUGCAGACUGUGGGCAGCCCGUGGGUUUGGUGCUGCCUCUAAAGCUCAUUUCAUAAUUCAGGCAGGAGCCUUGGAAAACAACAUCAGUGUGAGCAGCACAGCGGGGGACAUCUCCACAUUUGGGGCCAAAGAGUGUAUUUUUCAGGUUUGCUCUGUCUUUGGUGGGAUGUGAUAAUCUGUGAUUUUAUAGUCUUGUACUGUGGGUUAUUUGAACUCUUAAAAAUAACAUUUGUUGUUUCUCUGAUGCUUUUUCUGUGCACAAAACUCCUUCCAGCCUUGGGCAGACCAUUGCAAACAAGGGAAGGAUGGGAACUUCUACUGCAGUUCCCAGUGACACCAGCAGUGCCUUUGCUUUGGGAACUGGGGGGACAGUGACCCCAUGUGCGUCCUUCCCGCACCCCGCUCGCGAGGCAGCAAACAGGAAACGUGUGAGCACCAGCAGUUGAGCAUAACCCCAAAACGGAAAGUCGCCUUGAGCAAGAGACAAGAUGAGAGCUCGGGGCAGGUCGGGUGCCCUCGGUGCGGGACCCGCAUCCCUCCCGGCCCGGGGAGCCCCGCUGCCCCCCGCGCCCCGAAACUGAGGGUCCCUCUCGGCACACGGGAAAGGAGUGAAGCGGGAGCCAUGGCUGAGCGCCGGGCAGCUGGCAAGAGCCGGCGCUUGGGCUCCAGCCGGCGCAAGCAGCUGCACAACAGCUCUGGUGAGACCCCAGCACCAGCCCCCAGCCCCGGCGAGGAGCCACCAUGGGCAUCCGAAAUAGUGCAGAGGGUGCAGGAGCUCCUCAGGGAGCGGGACAAGGAGCAGGCGGGGUUCAUCACCCGCUCGGACAUGCAGAAAUUGCAGGAGGAGGAUUUCCCGUGCAGCACGGAGGAGCUGGAGCUCAUCUUCGAUGGGCUGGAUGCUGCCGGCACCGGGCGGUUGAGCACCGAGGAGUUCACUACCGGGCUCCGGCAGUUCCUCAGCUCCCAAAAAGCUGCCAGGGACCAUCGCCGGCGCAAAACAGCAUCCCGGAGGGUCCGCUUGGCCAUCCCCAGUGUGAUGUUGGAGGGGGCGGACAGCGAGGAGCAGAGACACUUUGCUGCUUUUAUGGACCAGCUGGGCACAGAAAACAUCUCUGAAGAACAGGAGAUCUGGCAGCUCUGGGUGAAGCUCCGGCAGGACGAACCCCAGCUCCUGGGAAACCUGGAGGAGUUUCUGGCCAAGAUGAGGCACCGCAUCCAAGAAGCCAGGAGCAAGAAGGAGGCUUUGGAGAAGACUCUGAACAAGUGUGUGGCCGAGCAUGAGCAGGAGGUGCAGCAGCUCUGCGAGACCCUGGAGCAGCAGAUCCAGGAGGAGCGGCAGCGGCUGCAGCAGGAGAGCGUGGCCCGGAGCCACCAGCACAGCGUGGAGCUGCAGCGAGCGCUGGAUGCCAGUGAGAGGGAGGCGCAGCGCUUGGUCAUGGCACAGAUGGAGCUGGAGACGCGGUGCCGCAGCCUCCGCAGCACACAGCAAGCUGCCAGCGCCGAAAACCGGCAGCUGGAGGAGAGUAACCGGGUGCUGGAGGAUCGUCUGCGGCUCCUUCACCGGCAGCUCCAGCAAACCCACGAGCGCCUGAGGACCACGAGGGCCGCGGUGGCUCUGGAGGGUGUGGAGGAGAUGGGGGACAGAGCGGUGGCAGAGCUGCCUGGCGAGGUGCCCCUGUCCCCACAGAUGGGGCCGGAGAAGAGCGAGAAGCACCGCUCCGAGAUGAGGAUCAGGCUGGGGUCUCAGAGCACCAAACCAAAGAGCACCCACCAAGUGGUUUGGGAAAAGCUGCCAGUAGAAAUAAGCGUUUUGGGAGCCCCACGGAGAGCAAGCUCCACGGAAGAGGAGCCCUUCCCAGAAUGUCUGAAAGAGGAACGCUUGUCUGACCAAAGCUCUUUGCUAAGAGAGAUGAAUGAAGCAAUAGCAGCUCUGAGCAAACAGCUGAAGCCACCAGCCCUGGGUGCACCCCCUGCACCCACAGAUGCUGCCCGUCACCCCCAGGACGAUGCUGAGCCCCAAAUGGAACCGGAGGGAGACACAGCCCAUGGCGCAACCCCCGGGGGCCUGCGAGAGACCCUCCUCGGCCACAUCGGUCGUGAGGUGUUUGAAGGAGACUUGAAAAAGGGACCAGCUGCAGCUGAGCUUCGCGCUGCAGACGUGACACAAGCUGGUGCGUCCGUGGGAGCCGGGAACCGCAGGGCUGAGGAGCCGCGGGGAGAGCAGGGGCAGAGCCCGGAGGAGGCACAGAGGAUGUUAUUCCUGCAAGGAAAGGGCAUCGGGGUGAAGGAGCUGAUGGUAGAGGCAGCUGAGCAUCUGCAGGGAGCACCAGGAGGGAGCGUGGAGGCAGGAGAGCAGUUGGUGGAGGUGGAAGGAGAAGGAUGGAUGCAGGAAAAAAAAGGCUGGGAAAAGGAACAUCUCCCAGGGGAAGCUGAGGAAGCAGCAGUAAAUCAGGGAGAAAAUCUGCAGGCAGGUCUGGGGGCACCUGAGGCUGGGCAGGCAGGUCUAGCAGCGGGAUGGCAGCUUGCCACGGGUGAGCUUGGCCCGGCUGUAGAAGAGUGUGCGCAGCCCUCGGGUAAAACUCCAGGAGAAGAGGCUGAUCCCCCAUCAGGUCUCUCCCAGAAGAUUGAAAUAGAGCCUGGAGAGCACAUGGAGCCAGAGCCACCGUCCUGGGAUGAGGCACAAACGGGAGCAGCCCAGGGGGAUGGUGUCCUCCCCAGGGUAACAGUGGCUCCUGACCCUGUGGUGCUGCAGGAAGAGUGUGUCAGUGUGGAGGUGCAUCCCUGGGGAGAGACCUCGGAUGCCGAUGUGCUGGCAGCCCCAGCUCGGCAUGGAGGGAGCAGCGGAGCUGGGAUGGAGGACGGGGAGGUGGAGGUACCGCAGCCACGGGGUGAGUCUGUGAUGUGGGCCGCAGCGCGGGGAGUGAGUGUGGGUGCAGAGGUGCCACCUGCCGAUGUGCAGGAAGGCAGAAUGGGAAGAGAUGUGCAACCGCUGGAGGCCCAGGGCAGCCAUGCCAACGUGCAGCUGUGUGCAGAGGUGGAGGCAGCUCUGCAGCCCCCGGGUGAGGCUGGGUCCUUGGGGACACAGCCUGGGGGGAGCGUGGCUCCAGAUGUGCAACCGCUGGAGGAAGGUGAUGAAGCAGAGUUAGGGCUGGGGGAGGAAACGGGUGCUGCUGUGGUGCAUGGUGAGAGGCCUUCCCCAGCCGAAACCCCUGUGGUGAGCCCAGACCUGGGUGGGCUGUCCCCAGUUAAGGCUCAGGCACUGGAACUGGUAGGGGCAGAGGAAUCUCAGGCAGACACACAUGGGGAUCCCAGUCCAGAAGACCCCCAGGGAGGGGAGGAUGGAGCAGCCAUGCAGCUCGGGGAUGAGGCUGAGGAUGGGGGACGAGGGCAGGGUGAGCGUGGGCUGCAACAGGAGCCUGUGCUCGAUCCGCAGGGAGCAGGAGUCGGGCAGGGAGAGGUGGCUGGGGCAGGCGCGGAACCUCGGGAGCUGGAGAACCAGGGCGCUGAUGUCAAUGGGCAGCUGAUUGCAGAGGUGGACGAGCUCAAAUCAACCCCAGGAGGGAGCGCAGAGACAGAUCUGCAGCAGCUGAGUGAGGCCGGCUCCCUGGAUACAGAACAGGGAUGGAACAUGGCUCCAGAUGUGCAAUCCUUGGAUCAGGUUGAUAAACCAGAGUCAGUGGAAAUGGUGGAGUCAGAGGACUCCUGGGCAGACAUGCAGCUGCAUGGGGGUGCCAGCCCAGAAAGUCCCCAAGGAGGGGAGGUCCAUGCAGCUGUACAUCUCACAGAGGAGGCUGAGGAUGAGGCACAAGGGCAGGAUGAGCAUGGGCUGCAACAGGAGCCUGUGCUUCACCCCCAUGGAGUGACCCCCGGGCAUGGAGAGGGGGCUCCUGGAGGUGUGCAGCCCCCUGAGGAGGCUGAGAGCCUGGGCAGGCUGCAGGACCAGAGCACUGGGGCAAAUGUGCAGCUGCUGACAGAGACAGAUGAGCUCAAACCAACCCCAGGAGGGAACAUGGAGGCAGAUCUGUGGCUCUGGAGUGAGACCAGCUCCUUGGACACAGAGCAGGGAGGGAACGUGGCUCCAGAUGUGCAACCCCUGGCUCAGGUUGAUAAACCAGAGUUAGUGGAAACGGUGCAGUCAGAGGACUCCUGGGCAGACACGCAGCUGUGGGGGGGGCUCGGCCCAGAAGGCCCAAGGCAAGGGGGGGCUGGAGCAGCCGUGCAGCUUGGGGAGGAGGCUGGGGAUGGGGCACCAGGGCAGGGUGAGCGUGAGCUGCUCCUCGAGCCUGUGCUCGAUACACAGGCAGAGGGGGCUGGGGCAGGUGUGCAAGUGUGGGAAGAGGCUGUAAUGCUGGACAUGCUGGAGGACCAGCACACCGGUGUCAAUGUCCAGCUGCUUACGGAGGCAGAAGAGCUCAAAUCCGCCUCGGGAGGAAGCACGGGGGCAGAUGUGGCACCCCUGGGUGCAGCUGGGAUGAGGGAAGGGGCACAGAGGCACAGUCCUGGCUUGGAGGCAGGUCUGUGUGCAGCUCACACUGUGGACAUGUGCAAGGAGAAUGCUGGUGAAUGUGUGUCCCCUCUGGCUGAGGAACUGCCACAUCCCAAGCAUGCUGCUGCUGAUGCUGAGGGUCCUGUGCUGGGAGCACUCGCUGGUCCCAAUGGGCAGAUCCUGGAGGGUACCCAGACACUGGAAAUGCUGCAGGGAGAGAGGGCUGAAGCAGAGGAGAGGCCUUUGGAUGGAGCGCAAGGUCUGGAAGGGGUGCAGGCAGAGAGGCUGGAGGCAGGAGCAAGGAUUUUGGCUGAAACUCAGAGUUUAGGGAUAAAGCAGGGCCGUGAUGAUGGUGAAUCUGUGCUGGCAUCCCCAGUCUCCAAGGUGACAUUGCAAACCAGCAUGCUAAAGCUGGAAACCAUGAUGCAGGAGGAUGUUCUCAUUCCAGAUGUGUGGCAGCCAGGUGCUUCGGGACAGGCGGCCCAAAGCAAGCUCCAGGUGCAGGUCUCAGGACAGGGAGAUAACAUGAGUUUUCACACAGUUUCCCAGCCGCCAGAGAAGCUGCCACACAUGGUGGAAAUGGAGCAGGCAGAUGGACCUUCUGAGCAUCCAAAACAAGAGGUGCCACCAGCAUCAACCCUUCGCACAAGGGUGCAGCAAGAGGGAGAUGCUGGCAGUGAUCAGCUGGGGAUGGUCCCUGGAGACAGCUCUCUGGGGGGUGCAGCCAACAGCAGCACGCAGCCUCAACAGCAGCUCUUGGGAGAACAGAGCGGAGACCUCAACUUUGCUCCACGGCAGAAGCAGCAAGAGGUUGGGCAGAACACAAGCCAGGAAGGCAAGGCCAGCGCAGGAGAGCCAGGGGCCACGGCUGCAGGUGGGGCAGGAGCUGCUCCAGGAGGUUCUCCUGAAGUUUCCCCAGACCCAGACCAUCUCUUCAACGUGCUGUUCGUCGGGGACUCCCACGUGGGCAAAACAUCCUUCCUGUACCGCUUGCACGCCGACACCUUCAACCCACACCUCACCGCCACAGUAGGACUGGAUUAUCAGGUCAAAAACCUCAUUGUGGACAACAGGCGCUUUGCCCUCCGUCUGUGGGACUCAGCUGGCCAAGAAAGGUACCGCAGCAUCACCAAGCAGUUCUUCCGCAAGGCGGACGGGGUCGUGCUGAUGUACGACAUCACCUCGGAAUAUUCCUUCUCGGACGUGCGGUACUGGCUGAGCUGCAUCCAGGAAGGAGCAGAAGAUGGAGUUGCUAUUUUGCUUCUCGGGAACAAAACCGACUGUGCUGCACAGAGACAGGUCCCUACGGAGGAGGGGGAACGCUUGGCCAAGGAGCAUCAGCUCAUGUUUUACGAAUGCAGUGCUGCCUCGGGCCACAACGUCUCCGAGUCCAUGGUCAGCUUCAUCAGGUUGCUCAAAGAUCGUGAAGAUAAAUUGAAGAAUAAGGCAGAAGAGGAACCAAAGCCACCUCAGAAGAAAAAGGGCUGCUGCUGGUGACGGACAGACCACCCCGUUGUGAUCUGAAACUGCAGUGACAGCUAGAAAAUCAUACAUACAGACUAAAUAAAUAAGAAUACAAGUGUUAUAUGUCAGUGUUUUUAUA